GUGCUCAGCCGAGCGCGUUCACACGCGCCUGGCACACUUCUCCACUGCCCGCUUCAGGUGCACGGCGGCUGCGCUGCUCCGCACGCCGCAGAGGCUGCACCCUGCCCGCAAGCCUGACCGGCCCAUCGUCCAUGAGCCAGUCGCCCGCCGCCGAAGCGCUGCGUGAUGCGUCGAGAGCCGCGUCCGACGCAGCCAGCGCGGAGGCCUCCACGGCUCGCCCAAGCAGCACAUCGGCACGGCCAAUCCUCGAGUCGAAGCCUUCUCAGGCCGUGUAUGCUCCCGGUGCAACGCUGAGCCCGGUGUCGAGCUCGGGCUUGCACAUCAGCCUGCCGCCCGGCGUGCCAGUGCCAGAGUCGAGCGUCUUCUCGCCUCCGCCCUCGCGCGGCACAGUCCUGACGCAGUUGUCAAGGUCGCAGCAUGCACAGGCUGUAAGCCUCGCUGGCGCAUCGAUGGGCGCGAAGCCGACAGACGCCAAGGUGUCGAGCCCGAGAGACGACGUGUCGCAGCGGCGCGACAGCGCGCGGCCGGCUGAAGUCCCGGAAGCGCUGCCUUCGCCUGCCCUGCGCAUGGACAGAGCCAGCCUUGGCGACGAGCGCCGCUUGACUGCCUCUCCCUCAACCAGCACUUCGGCGGGAGCCAGGGCAGAGACAGCGGGGCCCGGGGCAGCCGAUGAUGCACAUUCGCACGAGCGGCCACGAGACGCCUCGGUGCACUCUCCAUCGUUUGUGGACCCGUUCACAUCGGAGCGCUCUCCUGCGCGCUCACAGCCUCGUGGUGCUCUUCGCGCGCAGCUGCGAGCGCCGUCUUCGCACCAGCGCUCAGGCUCCUCAGACAGCGCAGUGCAGCCCCAAGGCGGCCGGCAAGCCAGCUUCUCCGGCGGUGCAGGCCACGACACCUUCUCGCCCUCGCUCUUCUUUCCGAAGAGCGCACGCAGCACGCCCGGGCGAGGCCUUGGCUCCACGGCGGACGAGGACUGCGAGGACGCCGAUUACUUUCCCGACACGGACAUCAGCCGUGGCCUUCCACGCGACCUCGAUCUCACGCUGCCGCCUGCGAUGCUGAGCAGCGGCCGGAAGGCCAGCGUCAGUCUGCAGCUGUUCAAGGAGACCAGCUCGCAGUCUACGUCUGUUGGAGACGAUGCGGAGGACGUCGACGGCGGCAGCGAGGCCCUGGCUGGCUUGCCUGGCCGCCGCAAGACGACGACUCCAGCGACUGCGCGGGCCGCCAGCUCAGCUGCUCCCAAAGACGCCGCUGAGCGCGUGGCGCUGACCUCUCCAUCGAUCGGUCAAGCUCCUCGGCCGCUGCACGAGCCGCUCCCGCCUCUCCGACCGGAAGGCAGUGCUCCAACGCUUGCACGGCCGACUGCCGAGCAGAACGAAGCUCACUUGGCCACUGCUCUGCGCCCGGCCACGCCCUCUACGCUGCUUCUCGGCAGAGAUCAAGUAUCCUCCGGCAGUGCCCUCAGCAUGCAGGAGGCAGCACCCGCGCAGGGUCGGUCCGGCUCUGAACGCCUCCCCGCGGAUGAGGCGAGCCACUCGAUCGCACGUUCGUGUGCCGCUCCUCGCUUGCACGAGCCUGCCGUGGACACGAGCAUCGGCGGCUCGUGGCAGCGUGUUUCGGCGGAGCGCCUCAGCUCCGGCUCAUCGUCGGAUGGCGCCUCGUCUUCCAGAGAAGAUGACUUUGAGGAUGACGACGAGGACGAUGAUGAAGCAGACGGGCGCAGAGGCAGCGAAGACGGAUCGUGCGACGGGCAACGGACCGAGCAGCAGUGCGCUGGGUCGCGAUCGAAGAUCCACGAUUCGCCCUCUGCACGCUCAGCUCUCGAGGCCUCGCCUAGAUCUGCUGGCACCGGCAUGUCGCCGCGGGCAGAUUCACGGGACACACGCAGUCCAGCGUGGUCGACUGCUCUGGCCCGGAGCGGAAGCGCCAGCCGACCGCCCACCGUGGUGCAGCUGCAGCCGUACAACAACCAGGUGGGCGGCCACAGCGCCAUCUUCCAGUUCUCGCGGCGCGCCGUCUGCAAGCCGCUCGUCAGCCGAGAGAACGAAUUCUACGAGGCGAUCGAGAGGGACUUUCCGCGCCUGCUCUCCUUCAUUCCGCAGUACCUCGGCGUUCUCAACGUCACCUACCGGCACGUCGAUCGCACGAGCGCUGACCCCGAUGGCGUCGAGGCCGAGCCCGAUGCCGGCAGCUCGAAGGCCGAGCUGCUCGCAUCGCCCAGUCGCGGCCGCUCAGGGGUCUCGCGGCGCGUGUCAGAGCAAGCGAGUGCGCCGAAGCGCCGCAUCUUCGACGGCCAGGACGAGCACGACCAGGAGGUGCCCGAAGUUGCGCUCGACCAGAACCGCCACAUCAUCCCGGAGUGGAUGCUGCGCCGCAGCGGCGUCGCCAGCGCCGGCAGCACCACCAAGAGUGCAAACGCCACGCCGUCGCGGAGCCGCAACGCCAGCCGUCCGCGUCACGAGCACGCGCGCGCGGGCAACUCGCUCGAGCGCCAUGCCUCGUUGUCGCACUUGAGCGCGAGUGCCGACGCCUUGCCGUCGCCUCGUCUGCGCCCGGGCACCGACUCUACACCGCGUGGUGCCGCGCAUACACCAGGUGCAUCACGACUGGGCCCGGACGAGCAGGCAAGCACGCCAGGCAGCCGCGGUCAGCAUCACGUGUCACCGGCGUACGACUUUUCUGCGCACCCACGGUCAUGGGACGCAGCGCAUGAAGAGCGCGGCUCACUGCGGUCUGCCGACGCAACUGGCUCGGUCUCCAGUGCCUCGCGCGCCGAAGGCGCAGGCGGCGGCGCAUCCAUCGUGGGUCGAGGCUGCACCUCGGUCAAUCGUCGCCUGCAAGAGCAAGUGCUGCGCGAGGUGUUCAGCAGCCCGCUGCUGAAGGACGAUGAGCUGGACAACGACGGGUGGUCACGGACUCGCAAGAGCGCGCGCCGCAAUCGCAAGCGCCUUGAGAAGGCCUGGGAGGACAGCGAAGAGGGCAGCGCGCGAGCUGCAGCUCGCGACACCACCCAACAGCAGGCGGGCGCGCCGCCGCUGACUGAGACGGUGCGCCAUCCGCAUACCCCUUGUCAAGCUCAACCUGCGCCACGAAGUGACGAUCCUGCCGUCAACAUCGACCCGUCACGCAGUGAUAUGCCCGCUGGCGGCGCUUCCGAUAGGCUGGCCAUGCCCGCUCACGCAUCAGAUGCGCCAGAGCUUGCUUACGAGAGCCUCUCGGCCUCGGCGGACGACGGCAGCGAGGCUCCGAUCCACGACGGGCCGCGCACGGCACCGCUGGCCCAGUCUCCGCGUCGCUUCCGCCGCGUGCACAGCGAUGCAGCGCUGACGCUCAACAGCCGGGCGGCCUUUGGCCUGACGCCCAUGACUUCGGGCGUCUCGACGCCGCAGCAGCAGCACAGCGCGUGUGCAUCUCCGAGCCGCUCGUCGAAGGUCCGACAGCCGCAGUCUUCGUCCGCCGGUGUUCCGUCGUCUGCCGAUCGACGAGCUUCGCCUGCACGAUCGCGCGAGGAGUCCGUCGAGCAGCCACUGUUUGAGAUGGACGAUGCCGAUCGCCUGGCAGACUCGAGCAAGCCGCUCGACGAGCCCGCGCCCUCCGAGAAGCCGCGUCUCUCUGAGAGCGCAAGGCCCGACCCGUCGCCUGCCCGCCAGCAGCAGUUCCUGCUGAUGGAGGACCUGACCGGGCGGCUGCGCUCGCCCUGCGUGCUGGAUCUCAAGAUGGGCACGCGUCAGUACGGCCUGGAUGCGACCGACGCCAAGCGGCGCAGCCAGACGAAGAAGUGCGACAAGACGACUAGCCGCACGCACGGCGUGCGCAUCUGCGGCAUGCAAGUCUUCGACGCCUUGCAGCGCACGUACGUGUUCCAGGACAAGUACUUUGGCCGCAAGGUGGCGCCCGAGGACUUCCCGCGAGCGCUGGGCCGCUUCUUCCACGACGGACGCCGCUUGCUGCUGCACCAUGUUCCCGUCAUCCUUGAGAAGCUGUAUCGCCUAGCCGCUCUCAUCAACGUGCUAGCGGGCUACCGCUUCUAUGCGAGCAGUCUUCUCUUCAUCUACGACGGCGACGAGGAGACGCAGGCGCGGCUGGAGGCCGAGUUUGAGGCACGCGUGGGCCGAGGCACUGCGGGCUUCUCGCCGAAUCUGCUGGACAGUCUCGACGCCAGUCCGCUGCUGCUCGCUUCCGACGACCCAAGACGCCUGGCACAAGCGGGCGCGCCCACGCACGAGCAGGACUCGCGCAUCGCGGCGCAGUCGAGCGCCAGCAUCGGCAGCGCCAUGUCGUCGAUGCACCUGUCUUCCCCGCGCGUGCAGGCCGCCUUGGUCUCAAGCGCCUCGCCAAACCCGGCGUCUCUGGUAUCCGUCUCUGCAUCGAUGUCCUCGGCAAGCCGCAGCCCCGCGCUGUCUCCGGUACUCUCGCAGAGCUCGCCCAUGGUGCCGAGCUCGGGGCCGCCGCGCCGCCGCCGUCGCCGUGGCGAGAUCAACAUCCGCAUCAUCGACUUUGCGCACUGCACCACCGGCUCCGACUUCUUCUACCCAGCGCACGACGACGAGCAGCCUCCGUCGUCGUCGAUGCCAGUGGCGCGCUUCCCGCCGCAGCUGCGCGACGGCCCGGACAGCGGCUACCUCUACGGCCUGCAGCAUCUGGCGGCGUCUUUCGAGGAGAUCUGGGCGCUCGAGCGGCAGCGCCGCUGCGACGACCGGCAUGCCGACGCACUUGCCGCCGGCGCCUCUGCGCAGGAGGCGGCUGCUGCUGCCGAAGCGGCCGACGUCGGCGAGCUGCGCGUCGAGGGCAGCGAUGUGUUUGACUCCAUCUUUGGGCCCGACGGCCUGGACGGCUACGUCUCGACCUAGGCAGCCCCAUACCUGGAAUGCAUCAUCUGGCACGCAGCUCCGGCGCCGCAGAGAGCUGCGUGUGUGACAUCCGCCUGGCACACGCAUUGGCGGGCGUCUUUGUCACUGCGCCCG